CGUCACAUUCUCGGGAAAGACAAACCAGAAACUCUAGAUCAAGUCUGCUCUUUGGCCGUUAAAAGCACGCUGAGACAGCUUCUCUGAACACUCAGACGAGCCCUCUUCACCUGGACUCAUUCACACAGUGGCGCCCCCAUCAUGGCUCACGCCAGCAGAAAUGCAGAUGAUGUGAAGACGUUCCUCAAGUCCUGGGAAAAAUACGACUCACAGCAGACGAUAGACUUCUAUGACCGCUGGGCUCAGACAUAUGAGCAGGACUCAGAGAUCAUAAAGUACAGGUGUCCAAACAUGGUGGUGGACUUCCUCCAUGCUAACUAUCCUGGGGGUCGUGGGGACGCUCAGGUGUUGGACGUCGCCUGUGGAUCUGGACUGGUGGCCAGACUGAUGAGUGAAGUGGGCUUCAGGAACUUUGUGGGAGUGGACGGCAGUAAAGGCAUGCUGGCGCUAGCAGAGAAGACCGGACUCUACCAGGACCUCAGACUGGCCUUACUGGGAACAGAACCACUGCCUGCAGACACCGGCAUGUUCGAUGUGGUGGUGAUUGCCGGUGCUUUACGUCAUGAACACGCUCCAGUCAGCAUCAUCAGAGAGCUCUGUCACGCAGCAACACCAGGCGGCUACGUCUGCAUGUCCAGGGUGGACCUGAGCUCUGAGGUGGGACGGACCUACAGGCAGAGGAUGGAGCAGGAGCUGCAGCAGAUGGAGGACCAGGGUCUGUGGAGACACGUGGCGUCUGCAGAGAUGAAGGAUUACAUGAUGGAUAUUUCUGAGCUAGACAGUGACCAGUACCUCACUGGGACCAUGCACCUCUACCAGAAAGCUGCACGUCUGCACUGAGGAUGAUCCUGAUCCUGAUCCUGAAAACCCUCGCAACCAGAGCAGACAGAGUUUCAGAGAAAUAGCUGUGUGAAUGUUUACGACUGAGUGGAGGUUUUAAAAAUAAAUGUGUUCAUCACUGAAA